AUGUCGCAGCCACCAGUUAUCAUGGUAGUUGGCAUGGCCGGGUCUGGCAAGACAACGUUCAUGCAGCGACUAAAUGCACACUUACACCAGAAAAAGGAACCACCAUAUAUCGUUAAUCUUGACCCGGCUGUCAAGAAUGUACCAUUUGACAGGCAUAUUGAUAUCAGAGAUUCGGUCAACUACAAGCAGGUUAUGAAGCAAUACAAUCUCGGUCCAAAUGGCGGUAUUAUGACCUGUUUGAAUCUUUUUGCGACAAAGAUCGAUCAGGUUAUGGGAAUCCUGGAAAAACGGGCACCAACGAUAUCUCGGGUAUUGGUUGACACACCGGGACAGAUCGAAUGUUUCGUCUGGUCUGCCUCUGGGGCUAUAGUUACAGAUGCUUUGGCUUCAGCUUUCCCUACCGUUCUUGCAUACAUCAUCGAUACCCCACGAACGACAUCUACGUCCACUUUUAUGUCAAACAUGCUCUACGCUUGCUCAAUCCUAUAUAAAACAAAACUUCCAAUGAUCAUUGUUUUCAACAAAACCGAUGCCCAAGACGCCUUGUUCGCCAAGGAGUGGAUGACGGAUUUUGAGGCUUUCCAAGCUGCACUACGGAAGGAAGAGGAGAAAGAAGACGGGUCGAAUAGCGGAUACAUGGGAAGUUUGAUGAACAGUAUGAGUUUGAUGUUGGACGAGUUCUAUAACCAUUUGGAUGUUGUUUCGGUUUCGUCGAUGACUGGCGCUGGUAUUGAUGAAUUCUUCAAGGCUGUCGACUCAAAGGUGGAGGAAUACAAGAAAGACUACUUGCCGGAGCUCGAGAAGGCCCGAAAGGAAAGGGAGGCAAAGAAAAUGGCGAAUCAAAACGAACAACUAGAUCGAUUGAUGGCGGAUAUGAAUGUUGCCAGUGAAUCUUCAUGGAAGAAACCCAAGAAGGAUAUCAAGGUCCCAGCGAGUGAACCGGAGAUUGAUACCCUCAGUGAUGCAGCAGACUCGGAUUCUGAUGAAAUUAUGGAGGGAGAAGCUGAUGUUGAGGAUGAUACAAAUGACGGAAGGAUGGGCAACCCUAGUUUGACCGAUCGAUAUGAACAAGCAUUGCAUAAGGAAGGCCAGGAAGAUGCACACGGUGAGAGUUUUAUGAGAUACUUAAAUGCACCGAGGUAA